AUGGAACAAAAAAUUGAAGUUUUUAAUGACACUUUGAAGCAAAUCUUAGCACGAAUGUCUGCAAUGGAAUGUCAAUCUCAUGGUCCAAUUGGUCAAAAAUAAAUUGAUUUUUGUAAUCUCUCACAUAAAAACUUAUCAAAUGAUAUAGCAAGCUCAAAAAGUAGAUCAGAUUAUGAUGAUUGUAGAGAUUUUCGAAUGAAAAUUAAUUUGCCUAAUUUGAAUGCACAUUUGAAAAUAGAAGAAUUUCUAGAUUGGAUUUCUAAAGUUGAGAGAUUUUUUGAAUAUAUGAAGAUUUCUGAUGAGAAAUAGGUAAAAUUAGUUACCUAUAAACUCAAAGGUGGGGCCUCUACAUGGUGGGAUCAGCUACAAUCCACUCAUGCAAUAUGAAGAAAAGAUUAAGUUCAAAGUUGGGAUAAAAUGAAGAAAUUAUUAAAAUCUAGAUUUCUUCUUCCUAAUUAUGAACAUGUUUUAUAUCAUCAAUAUCAAAGUUGUAAAUAGAGAAGUAGAUUUGACACAAAAUAUGAUGAGGAAUUUUAUAGACUUUCUUCAAGAGUUGAUUUGAUUGAAUCUGAAUCUUGUAUGAUAUCUAGAUUUAAAAGUGGACUUCGAUGGGAUAUUGAAGAAAAGGUGGCUUUACAAUCAUUUUUCAAAUUAAAUGAUAUUAUUAUGGCAUCAAAACAUGCUGAAGCUUUAUUGGAGAGAAAAAACCAGAACUAA